CUCAUCAUCCCCUCUGUGGCCCUAAAAUAGGUCACAGCUGUAAUUAUGGCUUCACCUUCAUCCCAGAGGCUCUGGGUGGGGAUGUUGGUGGUCACCGUGGUGAUGACCAAUCUUCCAGGAGCGAUGCAGAAGUGCAUCUUUGACGAGGUUCAGGUCCAGAACAGGGUGGUCCGAGCUGCAGGCAGCCCACACACGGAGCCAGGACCCAGGAGGGCAUCACCUCAGCGAAGGAGAAAUAUAGCCCCGCCCACUCCUGCCUCCCCACAGCCAAUCAGGAUCCAGACCUGGAUUCCAAAAGAGAGCAGCAGCCUAUCAGAGGCUGAGAGAGAGAGGAUGGAGGCAGCGGUGGAGGAGGCUGUGAACAUGGUUUCUUCUUUACUGUCAGUGGAGCGAGCUCCUGGCCCAUUGCUUCUCAGCAGAGACAUCAAUAAAUACUGCAAGUUUCUCUGGAGGAAUUCAAGCACUGCAAACUACAACAGGUGUGGUCGAGCGAACAACAGCUACAGAUCUGAGACAUGUCUGGAUGUGACCAUCCCAGAUGAUCACCUGGCCGGAUGUGAUAUUUACACGGAGGCUGAUUCACCUCGCAGGACUGAGCUCCGUCCUGACGGUGCUGGACUCCAGGACACCGACUUCCUGCUGUACCUCCACAUACAGGCCACCGACAAGUGUCGAGCGGAGCCUAAUGUGUUGGCCUACGCUGUCCACUGUCAGACGGACACCAGUGGACGUCCCGUAGCCGGGGUGGCGGUCAUCUGCAGGGACAGACUGACAGGAGCCGCAUACAGCCACCAGGCUACUGUACAAACGGUGAUCCACGAGCUGUUUCACACACUCGGUUUCUCUAAAGAGCUCCUCCGAACCUGGAGAGACUGUUCCUCCACGUCUCAAGCGUGUUCUCCUCGAGGCAAAGUGACCCACUCUGAUGGAUUUGGCCAGAUGAGGAUUUACACCCCAUCCGUCAUCUCGGCCCUGCAGACACACCUGGCAUCCGCUGACCCCGAGCUCGGGGGGCCGCUGGAGAACCAG